ACAUUUUUUGGCUAUUUUUUGGAGCAUAUUUUAAGUUGAGUUAAGGUUUUAAGUGCAUUUAAAUCCAGACCCUAAAGGUACGGCCACACUGCACGCGAUUUGCGAUACGAGCGAUUAGGCGAGCGAUAUUGUCCAGCGAUUUUUACGAUUUUGGUGUGACCACUUCCGCGUUUUUAUUGCUAUAUCAAAGUAGGUUGUUACAUAUAAUCACUAGCUGUUUGUCACCAGUCGUCGAGAUGACUUCAUACAAAUCAAAUCGUAAACGUAAAAUACUUUUAUCUGAAAAUUGUGCUUCAUUAGAAGCUAAAGUUGACUUAUUUAAACAACGAUUAUGGGUGCAUGAAAUAAAUAAACAUCGAGAAACCGAAGGUGAAUUUCACACUCUUUUUAAUAAACUUCAAAAGCACCCGGAUAAAUUUUUUUGAAUACUGUCGUAUGGACGGAAACACUUCCAAAUCGGUUCUUUCAUGAAAAUUGUUGACGCCAACUUUUCCGACUGGACGGACAUGGUGAUUGAAUAACGAUUACAAAGCGAUUAAUCGCAAAGAAACAAACUAUUUUGAUUUUGACGCGAUAGACGCGAUUUAUCGCAAAACGCAAAUCCCACAACGCGCUGUAUGUCAUAGCGAUUCUGUAGUUUUGAAAAAAUCGCUAAAUCGCUAAAUAAAUCGCUCGCGUCGCAAAUCGCGUGCAGUGUGGCCGUACCUUAAUAAUAAGAUAUGAGAUGUUUUUUUUUUUUUUUGUAUUUCUGGGUUGUAUUUUUUUUAUUGCUGUUAAUAAAAACACAAUGAGCUAUAUUGACGAUUCGGACGACAUAUUGUGACGUAUAUAUUUAUAAUUAUAAUUUAUUUAUUUUAUUAUACGUAGAGUAGUUUAUACGUGGUGAAACAAAAAAAUUGUUGAUAUACGUUACGUGAAAAUUCAAACGCGAUAACAUGAAUAAUAAAUAUGAUAAAAGUUUCUCUGACUAUUAUUAGUCCCCGUCGGAAUCAGCGGACUGUUUUGAUUGUCAACAACCAAUAAAACUAGUUUAAUGACGUGUUGGAACAACGUGUCUGAUAGUUUGAGUUUUGCGUUCAGGGUGUGUCUAUUGGUAUUGAUUUUAUUUUUGUACAGAACACGCCUAGUGCGCAUAUGCGAAGUGCUCCGGAGCAUCGCUGGGACGCGAUCCCCCCUUCGAACCCGUGAACUACCACCGCUACCACCCCUGCUUCUACUACCACUAUUACUAACUGUCGUGUUAGACUGUUACGGCUCUGAGACACAACUUGAUUCGAAAUCGUAUUCAGACGUUUAUUAAUUUUUGUUAAAUACACGUUUCACGGCGUUAGUCUCGAACUCAUAUAGCGUUAUUUGUCGAGUAUUAUCGUGAUAACAUUAUUAUUCUGUAUAAUCGUGAGAUUUUGUCACGGAGAGUCGAGUCCACUAUCGACACUUGGCGAUCUGCGUUGGACAAUCGGAACGCGUCGAACCUACAGUUUCAGAAGUGGAAUAGAACUAAGGUCGCCAUACAUUUAUAAGGCGAAACCAGGACAACACAAACACAAUAUUGAGGUUGUCGAAAUCAACAACUUGGUGUUACCAAACGAUAGGGCGGAGGUAACUCUGGUAAGCCGAACGACGCUUGGUUAAUCGAGCGAACUAUAGUUGAGUUUUCGAACAGACCUCAGUACGUCAAAAAAAAAUGGACUCGAAUAACGGAGAUUAUACACGAUCCCGUCGUAACGCGAAUGGAAACAACAACGACAAUAACACUAACGACAAAGGACAUGAGCACGAAUCGAGUGAUGCACAGGAAGAACACGUCAACGUGCAGAAUGGGCCGAAUGAAAGCAACACGGAUAACGCUAUCGAAUUCACACUCCUUAAUUUUUUGAUGACGAUAAACUCUAUGCUAAUGAUGGAGUCGAAGUCGCUAGCUAAUAAAACGUCAAACGGCACGAUGAUUGCCCCGAACUUAAAUAAGUUGAUACCAGGUUUUGAUGGGUUAACAAGGGGCGCGCCAGCUGAAACCUGGUUGCGGACGGUGAACGAUGUGGCGAAAUCACAUCAAUUGUCAGACAACUGUAAAUUACAACUAGUACGUGCCAAUUUAAAGGGUUUUGCCCAUCACUGGUUCAAGUCGAGAAAUAUCGAAGACUGGGCCGAUUUCGAAAAUCGAUUUCGUAAAACGUUUAUCGGCAUUGUGAUGUCAGGCGAUCGCUGGAAUAAAAUGUAUCACCGAAUGCAGCCGAGUACUGAGAAUACACGCCAAUAUUUUAAGCACAAAAUGUAUCUAUGCAAACAAUUAGGCUUACCUUUUUACGAAUCGAAAAUACAUUUAUUGGAAGGUCUAUAUUCGCAUGACUUGGCUAUGUAUUUAUUAUAUCGUGACCAUAGAGGCGAAAGCCAUUUAUUAAGCGACAUACUCGAUUAUGAACAGUUAAAUACAUCACGUUCGAUGCGUUCUCGUCAGUCGUCAACCACUAUUAAAGACAACAAUUUAUAUAAGCCGACACCACUACAGCAGAAUGAUGCGCCGCCGUCUAAAACAACGAAUAAAGAAAGUAUGGGAAACUCGACUACAGAUUACAAGGGAAAACCAACAAGACAAAAAGUCCGAUCGUGUUUUAAUUGCGGCUCGAAAACCCAUAUUUCGCCGCAAUGUCCUAAACCAAAAAAAGGAAAAGGCGCAUGUUAUGAAUGUGGUUCGACGUUACAUCAAAUAAGAGAAUGUCCCAAACGUACGAGACAAAAUCCCGACGCGGCAAAUGACAGUGUUCAUAACCUGAAGACAUUUAAGGUACAGUGUUACAUAAAUAUUUCUCUUGCUAAUGAUGAAAAUGUCAAAGUUAAAUUUAUUGGGAUAAUUAACCCAAAUAGUCCUAUCAGUCUUCUGCAGCGUCAGUUUAUUCCUAAUAACUAUACAUUAAUUAAACCUGUAUGUAAUAAUAAUUUCUGUGGAAUUGACGGAUCUAAGUUUAAUAUUUUAGGUAUUUUCAGAUCUAAUAUAACAAUCGGUAACAUUGAUACGGACUUUACAUUUUUUAUUAUACCGAAUAGCAAAAAAAAUGCCUGAUGCUAUUUUGGGCAGGGAUCUUCUGCUUAAACCAGGAAUUAAAAUCGAAUUUUUGAACGAAAAAGAGAAUAUUAUUAAUUAAUAACCAAUUAAAAGUACCAUGAGAAUUUCAAAUUACUUUUAUAGUAUGUAUACAUACUUUUUUCCAAUUUCUGAAUCCUUUUUGAACAAAAGUAUCAUCAACAGAGUGAGUGUGUAGAAAAAUUUGCGACAAGUAUAACAGAUAAUCACAUCCUUUUCGAUAUUGUACUCGAACCAGUCGAAAUAUUCAUACCAAGUUGUGGCAGAAAAAGCUCUAUUUUGGUUACCAAACUUGACUUUGGAUAUAUCUAUCAUAAAACAAUGAACACAAUAAUAAUUAAAUAAUAAUCAUACAUCUACAUUUUAUAGUUUAGAAAUGUAAAAUAAAAAUAUAGGAUAUUGUAUAAUUUUUUGUUUAACUGAAAUUAUAAAUUACUUGUAAUAUUGGGUAAAUUGGAUCGAGUUGAAAAAUCUCCCAAAUCAGUAGGCAUAUAAUACAUUUCUUUGUUUGGUUGAAAUAUUAUUAUAAAUACUAAAAAUACAAACUAAAAUAUUUUAAUAAUAUCUAAAAACAUACAUUUAAGUUUAAUUGAACCAUAUCACAUACCGCAGAAUAAUAAUAUAAUGUCUAUACGUCAUAUAAUAAAUACCCACUCUCUCGAAGGUCCUGCAUUAAUUCUUAUAAAAAAAAAAAUUGACAUUUUUUUUUAUAAUAUUCGUUUAUUAUAUUACGAUUAUGUUGUUUUCAUUUUUGCAUGUUCAUGGUAUAAUAUUUAAUUUACUAUUAUAUUUGUAUAUUGUUUAAUUAUGUAUUAUUCUUUAAAUGUAAAUUGUUCGAGCCGAACAAAUGUCUCACUUUGUAAAUUCUUAUUUUUAUUUUUUUUUACGAUGUGGUAAAUACGGGCAAUAUCGGCCGGUGGUUAACUUUUCGAUAUUUGGAUAUACGUCACGAACCCAUCAUUAUUGUUAUAUUAUUAUUAUUGUAUGCCAUUGUAAAGUUUUGUAAAAUAAUGUAGUAUUUCAAGUAAGCAAUUCAAAUAUCAAACUAAAAUAAAAGUAUAUUCGUGUAGCAAUAGAAAAUAAGUUAUCAUAACAAUUUAGUAUAUAAAAGUUUAAUUGUAAAACAACAUUUUUGUAAUAAUUUAUUUAAAUUAGCGUGUAAGUAAUAAUAUGUAUAAUUAGGUUAUUAAGUUAAAUUAAGCUAAAUGUAUAUAAGACUAAAGAAUAAAGACUAAUAAUGAAGACUAACGAAUAAAGAAGGUCUUCUAUGGUGGUCGUGUGACUCGACCACUAUAGGAAACAUGUGCAUUUUAUUAAGUAUUAACUUAAUUCGAGUUGUGUAGUUGUGUCUAUAUAUAUGAUCGGUAUUUAAACUAGUGGCUCGUAACUAGGGCCAGAUUUAGGGGAGGCCCGGGGACCCCGGGCCCCGAGCCUCCACUAAAUGUGUUUUUUUUGCAUCCAAGUAUUAAACACAAUAUAACAUUUG